CUCGAACUGAGCGUCUUCACCAAGAUGGACGAACUACUAGCCAAACACCGCAAGGAGCAGAAAGACCUCCAGGCUCGCAUCACGCAGAAGAAGAAAUCCGCAACGAAGAAGACGCGCAAAGGAAUCAACGACGAAUGCGACCGCCUCCAACGAGAUGUCUCCGAGCGACACCAGGCAGAAAUCGCCCAGUUAAAUGGAGAUUCCACCGAGCCUGUCAAUGGGAUCGAAGACCUGAACAUCAACGAUGGCGAUGACAGCAAAACCACAGACAAAGAAGACUCCACCACCUCCUCCCAGACGCCGACGACCGAUUCCCCCGCCGACACAUCAUCCGCCUCGCAAUCCUCCACUCCCCGACAAAAGAAACCCAACCGUCAGAAGGCGCGUCUAGCCCGUCGCGCCGCCGAGCAAGCCGCCCAGUCGGAAGUCGCCGCAGAAGAAGCCUCGAAACAGACCGACCACCGGGGGAAUGAGCGGGAAGUGAUGGAGGGGGUGUUCAAGCGUCUGGGGCUAAAGGAAAUCGAGAUCAACCCCGACGGACACUGUCUUUACUCAGCGAUAGCAUGCCAACUUGAAGGGUCCGGACUCGGGCUGAAGCCAGACCCGGAGCGGAUGCCGCUGCAGGGGCCGACACAGGCGCGGGUCGAGAACGUCGCCUCGGCCCAGCACGACGGCUACCGCGCGGUGCGGGCAGUGACGGCGGACUUUAUUACCGAACAUGCGGACGACUUCCAGCCGUUCAUGGAGGAGCCUGUCAGCCAGUACACGCAUAAGAUUAAGCUCACAGCUGAGUGGGGAGGGCAGCUGGAACUCUCCGCUAUUGCGCGCGCGUACGGGGUCGAUAUCAAUGUUAUCCAGGGAGAUGGGCGCAUUGAAAAGGUCGAGUCUGGGGAUUUGGAGAAGUUGGAUGAGGAGGAGAGACGCAAGCGCGUUGUCUGGAUGGCCUACUAUCGGCAUACGUACGGCCUUGGGGAGCACUAUAAUGCGCUUGUGCAGAAGACCUAAACGGAUCCCCACACGGGUGACGGUGUAUGUGGACUGGUUGUCGAGGAGACGAGAGAAAUGAUGGAUUUUCAAAUACCUCCCGAGAGGUUUGAACAGAACCACGCUGGUUGUUGGUGCUGUGUCCUCACUAUCGUGCCGGGGUAGAUCACAUAUGGACUGCUCUGCUCGUCUCGGGCAUAUCUACUGGUCAUACUCUGGGCUAAACCGUUGUCAUUACGCUCGCUCUGGGGACUUCCAUACGUGCUGUCUCAUCAAGUGUGUAUAUGAGCAAAGCAUUGAUGACUCGGAUUCUGGUGGUGUCAAUCUCGACCUGGUCAACCCACGAUACAUACCUCUUCGAAUUGAGCGCACAAAUUACGGCCUCUGCUCGGGGCAAAUACAAAUAGGCUAGUGUGCUGUGAGAAGGACUCAAUCCACACUUUAUAUAGCUGCAUCACCAUGUUUAGAUACUAGAAGCAACAUGGACUGGAGUAUUAUGGUUGUAUAGAGAAUAUUAUGCAUAUGCAAAGAGAAAC